GGCCGCUUAAGCUCGCCCUCGACAAGAUGGAAGAGGCAGAACUGGAAUGCCCCGACUCCGCCUCAGAGAAACGCUAUUGCCCCGAGUCCCUGGAUUCCAGUGAUGGGGAUGAGGAGGGGAUUUUGGCUUGUGAGGAUUUGGAACUCAACCCUUUCGAUGGAUUGCCAUAUUCCUCACGUUAUUACAAACUUCUAAAAGAGAGGGAAGAUCUUCCAAUAUGGAAAGAAAAAUACUCCUUUAUGGAGAAUCUGCUUCAGAAUCAAAUUGUGAUCGUUUCAGGAGAUGCGAAGUGUGGCAAGAGCUCUCAGGUUCCUCAGUGGUGUGCCGAGUACUGCCUCUCCAUCCACUACCAGCACGGGGGCGUGGUAUGCACACAGGUGCACAAACCCACGGCGGUGCAGCUCGCCCUGCGCGUGGCAGACGAGAUGGAUGUGAACAUUGGCCAUGAAGUUGGCUACGUUAUCCCCUUUGAAAACUGCUGCACCAGCGAAACCAUCCUGAGGUAUUGUACGGAUGACAUGUUGCAGAGAGAGAUGAUGUCCAGCCCUUUUUUGGGCACCUAUGGGGUCAUCAUCUUGGACGACGUCCACGAAAGAAGCAUCGCCACCGACGUGUUGCUUGGUCUUCUGAAGGAUGUCUUACUGGCGCGGCCGGAGCUGAAGCUCAUCAUUAACUCCUCCCCGCACCUGGUCAGCAAACUCAGCUCUUACUACGGCAAUGUGCCUCUCGUAGAAGUGAGAAAGCAGCACCCUGUGGAGGUUGUGCACCUGAGCAGCACUCAGAAGGAAUCUUUUGAGUCUAUUUUACGCCUUAUCUUUGAAAUUCACCAGUCCGGCGAGAAGGGGGACAUUGUGGUCUUUCUGGCCUGUGAACAAGAUAUUGAGAAAGCCUAUGAAAUCGUCUGUCAAGAAGGAUCUAACUUAAACCCAGAUCUUGGAGAGCUGGUGGUCAUUCCUUUGUAUCCAAAAGAGAAAUGUGCGUUGUUCAAGCCAAAUGAUGAAACAGAAAAGAGAUGCCAAGUUUAUCAGAGAAGAGUGCUGUUGACUGCUAGCUCUGGAGAGUCUCUGAUCUGGAGCAACACAGUCAAAUUUGUUAUUGAUGUGGGUGUGGAAAGGAGAAAGGUGUACAACCCGAGGAUACGGGCAGACUCCCUGGUCACGCAGCCCAUCAGCCGGAGCCAGGCCGACAUGCGCAAGCAGCUUCUUGGCUCGUCCUCCUCAGGCAAGCUCUUCUGUCUGUACUCCGAGGAGUUUGCCUCCAAGGACAUGCGGCCACUCAAGCCGGCGGAGAUGCAGGAGGCCAACCUGACCAGCAUGGUGCUCUUCCUGAAGAGAAUAGACAUCGCAGGCCUAGGCCACUGCGACUUCAUGAACAGACCAGCCCCAGAGAGUUUGAUGCAGGCCCUGGAAGACCUGGAUUACCUGGCAGCACUGGACAAUGACGGGAACCUCUCGGAAUUCGGGAUCAUCAUGUCGGAGUUUCCUCUUGACCCGCAGCUCUCCAAGUCUAUCCUAGCCUCCUGCGAGUUUGACUGUGUGGAGGAGAUGCUGACCAUCGCCGCCAUGGUGACAGCUCCCAACUGCUUCUCUAAUGUGCCACAUGGAGCUGAGGAGGCUGCCUUGACUGGUUGGAAGACGUUUUUACAUCCUGAAGGAGAUCACUUUACUCUCAUCAACAUUUACAAAGCCUACCAAGACAUAGCUCUGAACUCCACCAGUGAACACUGUGUUGAAAAGUGGUGUCAUGAUUACUUCCUCAACUGCUGUGCUCUGAGGAUGGCAGACGUCAUCCGAGCUGAACUCUUGGAAAUUGUCAAGCGAAUCGAGCUCCCCUGUGCAGAACCUGCUUUUGGCUCAAAGGAAAAUGCUCUGAACAUAAAGAAGGCUCUCCUGUCAGGCUACUUCAUGCAGACCGCGCGGGACGUGGAUGGGUCGGGUAACUACUUGAUGCUGACGCACAAGCAGGUCGCUCAGCUGCACCCGCUGUCCGGCUACUCCGUCACCAAGAAGCUGCCAGAAUGGGUGCUCUUCCACAAGUUCAGCAUAGCUGAGAACAACUACAUCAGGAUUACCUCAGAAAUCUCUCCUGAACUAUUUAUGCAGCUGGCACCACCAUACUAUUUCAGCAACCUGCCUCCUAGUGAAAGUAAGGAUAUUCUCCACCAAGUAAUGGAUCACCUUUCCCCUCUUUCAACAAUGAAAAAGGACCAGAAAAUGUGUGAGAAGUGCCCUGAGACUACUGAGCCAAGAUGCACCGUCCAGUGACUCUUUAGAACCUUCUACAGAAAGCAAGAUGUGCAAUAAGUCCCGCCCCUGCCCUCCCCCAGCUGGCCUGAACGUCGUUUCACCAGAGUGAGGUGCAGACAUUCAACUUGAACAAGGACAGCACACCCCACACGAGUGUCUUGAAAAAAAUAACACUUUGUAUAUUAUUUAAAAAUAAAAAAUAGAAGUUUUUAUUGAGUUCUUUAAA